UCUAUAAAAACCAUGUGUUCCCAGAGACCCGUCCAUGUAGCAGCUACCACUUCACUGACAGCUUCCAAUACCUAAGAGGACUCUGCUCCCUCAGACUACCUGUCACCAUGGCUCACCGAUUUCCAGCCCUCACCCCAGACCAGAAGAAGGAGCUCUCAGAAAUUGCUCAGCGCAUUGUUGCUAAUGGAAAGGGCAUCUUGGCCGCCGAUGAAUCUGUAGGCACCAUGGGAAACCGGCUGCAGAGGAUCAAGGUAGAAAACACCGAAGAGAACCGCCGGCAGUUCCGAGAAAUCCUCUUCACUGUGGACAAUUCCAUCAACAAGAGCAUUGGGGGCGUGAUUCUCUUCCACGAGACCCUCUACCAGAAGGACAGCCAGGGGAAGCUGUUCAGAAACAUCCUGAAGGAGAAGGGAAUUGUUGUGGGCAUCAAGUUAGACCAAGGAGGCGCUCCCCUUGCAGGAACAAAUAAAGAAACCACCAUUCAAGGACUUGAUGGUCUCUCAGAACGCUGUGCUCAGUACAAGAAAGAGGGUGUUGACUUCGGAAAGUGGCGUGCUGUGUUGAGGAUAGAUGAUCAGUGCCCCUCCAGCCUUGCUAUCCAGGAAAAUGCCAAUGCCUUGGCACGUUAUGCCAGCAUCUGUCAGCAGAAUGGGCUGGUGCCUAUUGUUGAGCCAGAGGUACUUCCUGAUGGGAGCCACGACUUGGAACACUGCCAGUAUGUCACUGAGAAGGUUCUGGCUGCCGUCUACAAGGCCCUGAAUGACCAUCAUGUUUACCUAGAAGGCACCCUGCUAAAGCCCAACAUGGUGACUGCUGGUCAUGCCUGCACCAAGAAAUAUACACCACAGCAAGUGGCCAUGGCCACCGUCACAGCUCUCCACCGCACCGUUCCUGCAGCUGUUCCUGGCAUCUGCUUUUUGUCUGGUGGCAUGAGUGAAGAGGAUGCUACCCUCAACCUUAAUGCUAUCAACCUGUGCCCUCUGCCCAAGCCCUGGAAACUAAGUUUCUCUUAUGGACGGGCCCUGCAGGCCAGUGCACUGGAUGCCUGGCAUGGCAAGGCUGCAAACAAGAAGGCAACGCAGGAUGCUUUUAUGAAACGAGCUGUGGCUAACUGCCAGGCAGCCCAAGGACAGUACGUCCACACAGGCUCUUCCGGUGCAGCUGCCACCCAGUCACUUUUCACUGCCUCUUAUACUUACUAGGCCCUGAUGUCCACCAGCUGGGUUCCAGCUCUUCUAGUGUCUUGGUGGGAGGCCAAAGGGAGUAACCCUUCAACCACCCCUGGCAAGUAGACAAAGAUCAGACUAACCGCAAUAGAAACCUCAAAUCAGUUACUGAAACAUGAGUAGGUAUGUCAAGCGUCUGACAAAAUUUCACACAGUAGUUUCCUUACAUUUCCAGUUCACCAUGUUCCAGAGUAUUUAACCAAGGAAAGACUAGAUUUUAUUAAGAAAAUGAUUUCUUUGUCCAAAUAACAAUUUUUGAGUAAAACAUACAAAAGCCCACGGUGGAGAAGUGCAUCUUAUGAAAGUCAUAGGUUGGUAGGUUAUAGAAACAGUUGCAACUGACAAAGAAAUAAAAUGUUCUGUACAACAGCA